AUGGCGAGCUACGAAGACGACCACAACAUCUGUGGGCCUGUCACAUCCCAACCGCCACCUCGUCAACGCAUAGACCUAUCCGGCUUCUUUGCCACUCUCGACCUCGCAAAUGCAAACAGUAGUGGAGGAGGGGCGGCCGAGGAUAAUGAAGCGCCUUUCCGGUCGCUAGCUGCAGCUUUUCGAGAACUUCCAGAUACACCAGUGAUGGAAAGUCUUUUGCAACAGCUGAUAUCAGAAGCGAGUGACCCGGGUGCAAAGGUCCAAGGUGUGCCGGAUAGCUUUUUUGAUGGGCUGGAGAGGGUGCCGAAGAAUAAGCUGAAGAAGGACGAUACUUGUAGUAUAUGCAAUACUGCUUUCCUUGAUGACCCAUAUCCUUUGGUGGUCGUACUUCCUUGUCAUACAGCGCAUAUGUUCGAUCUGGAGUGUAUCCAUCCAUGGUUGAAGCUUCAUUCGACAUGUCCCCUCGAUCGUAUCGACCUCUUGAAGAAAAAAGAGCCCAUCCCUCCACCAGUUGAUGACGAGGAGGAGGAGGAGUGGGAUGAAAAUUACGGCUAA